UCUCUCUCUCUCUCUCUCUCUCUCUCUCUCUCUCUCUCUCUCUCUCUCUCUCUCUCUCUCUCUCUCUCUCUCUCUCUCUCUCUCUCUCUCUCUCUCUCUCUCUCUCUCUCUCUCUCUCUCUCUCUCUCUCUCUCUCUUUCUCUCUCUUUCUCUCUGCCUCCCCCUCCCUCUCUCUCUAUUUAUUUAUUUAUCUUCUUCUCUCUCUCUCUCUGUAUAUAUGUUUCCUGUAUAGUUCCCAGUAUAUGCACUAGAUUGUCUCACUAUACUUAGUGUUAUGAAACCAACUUGCCUGCUUUGGAUUUAUCCAGGUGUUUCUAAGCCCUUCAAGUUUACCUUCAGUAUCCGCCAGCCCCAUCGAUGCAGCGCUAAGCAGCCAAUGAUGAGCGCUGUGGUUUGAUUGACAUGUCUAAAGUGCUAUCAGACAGGUGUCUGGUUACAGACCCGCCCUAUAUGACAGCAUUAAGGGUUGCGUCUGCUGCAGUCUCAAUGUGGAUGAAACUCCACGUUUCCUCAACUUCUAUCUCUUCCCGAAAACAAGAAGAGUAUUCAUAGACAUGUUUUGACUAUACUUUAUUACAAUCAUCCGUCUCCGCUGUCUUGAUCUCUGAGAACAAAGCAGAUUUUGAUAUCACUGACAAGGUGUGGCUUGUUGGGUAGCUAGACUCAGCAGGCAGAAGGAGAAACAGAUACUCACCUCUCAGCUUCGUUCCUCCUUUUAUCUCUCUCUGUUCAUCCUCUCCGUUCCAGGGGUAUGUGUGUGUUCCUCCUCUUCUCUCCUCUCCGUUCCUCCUCUUCCUCCUCUUCUCUCCUCUCCGUUCCAGGGGUAUGUGUGUGUUCCUUCUCCUCUCUCCUCUCCGUUCCUCCUCUUCCUCCUCUUCUCUCCUCUCCGUUACUCCUCUUCCUCCUCUUCUCUCCUCUCCGUUCCAGGGGUAUGUGUGUGUUCCUUCUCCUCUCUCCUCUCCGUUCCUCCUCUUCCUCCUCUUCUCUCCUCUCCGUUCCUCCUCUUCCUCCUCUUCUCUCCUCUCCGUUACUCCUCUUCCUCCUCUUCUCUCCUCUCCGUUCCAGGGGUAUGUGUGUGUUCCUCCUCUUCUCUCCUCUCCGUUCCUCCUCUUCCUUCUCUUCUCUCCUCUCCGUUCCUCCUCUUCCUCCUCUUCUCUCCUCUCCGUUCUAGGGGUAUGUGUGUGUUCCUUCUCUUCUCUCCUCUCCGUUACUCCUCUUCCUUCUCCUCUCUCCUCUCCGUUCUAGGGGUAUGUGUGUGUUCCUUCUCUUCUCUCCUCUCCGUUCCUCCUCUUCCUCCUCUUCUCUCCUCUCCGCUCCAGGGGUAUGUGUGUGUUCCUCCUCUUCUCUCCUCUCCGUUCCUCCUCUUCCUCCUCUUCUCUCCUCUCCGCUCCAGGGGUAUGUGUGUGUUCCUCCUCUUCUCUCCUCUCCGUUCCUCCUCUUCCUCCUCUUCUCUCCUCUCCGCUCCAGGGGUAUGUGUGUGUUCCUCCUCUUCUCUCCUCUCCGCUCCAGGGGUAUGUGUGUGUUCCUCCUCUUCUCUCCUCUCCGUUCCAGGGUAUGUGUGUGUUCCUGGUCAGUUGAGAUGUUCUUGUCCUUUGAGUGUGCCAUUGCUCUCCACUUAUCUCAACUCAAUGUCCGUUCUUUGUCCCACCUUUCUUAUUGUCCUCUCCCAUCCUCCUCGUCUCUCCUUUCUCAUCCUCCUCUUCUCUCCUUUCUCAUCCUCCUCUUCUCUCCUUUCUCAUCCUCCUCUUCUCUCCUCUCUCAUCCUCCUCUUCUCUCUCCUCUUCUCUCCUCUCUCAUCCUCCUCUUCUCUCCUCUCUCAUCCUCCUCUUCUCUCCUUUCUCAUCUUCUUCAUACGUCUCCUGUCUUUUUUUUAAUCCAUUCGCUCCAUUUAACUUCUGUCCCCUUCCUCUCAUCCUCUUCAUCCUUAUUUUGUUCUCCUCGUCCAGCCCUGUUCUCCUCUCCUGCUCUCCUCUCCUCCUCCUCUCGUCCUCCUCCUCCUCUCCUCUUCCUCUCGGUCUUCUCUCCUCUCAUCUCUUCUACCACUUUCCCUCCUCGUUCAUCCUCUUCUCCACCUUCUGUCUCUACUCCUCACCGUCCUCUCUCUCUGUCAUUCCCCUCCCCUCUCCUCUCUUUCCCUCCUCUUCCUGUCAGUGUGUCUAGUAUUACACAGGGCUCCAGCCUUGUCUUCCAUUAGGGGCCCAGGGGACAGAACCCCAGCCCAGAUAUUGAUCCCUGGGAUGAGGAAGGGAACCUGAGACGCUCCCCUGUGUCCUUCAGAUCCAUCCAUGGAGAUAAUGGAGCUAUCGAUCUCCCUGUUGUUGUUUUUUACAUAAGAAAGAAUAUAAAAUACGCUCUUUUCACUUUUCAUAUAGCAGAUGCUCUUUUCCAGAGCGACUUACAGUGAGUGCAUGAGUUUCAUUAUUUUUCAUAUCCUGCCUUUCAAUCUUACCCUAGGAGGUAACAUGUUUCACCCCUUCUACUACACCGGGGGUAUUUAAACCCUAGGAGGUAACAUGUCUCACCCCUUCCACUACACCGGGGGUAUUUAAACCCUAGGAGGUAACAUGUCUCACCCCUUCCACUACACCGGGGGUAUUUAAACCCUAGGAGGUAACAUGUUUCACCCCUUCUACUACACCGGGGGUAUUUAAACCCUAGGAGGUAACAUGUCUCACCCCUUCCACUACACCGGGGGUAUUUAAACCCUAGGAGGUAACAUGUCUCACCCCUUCCACUACACCGGGGGUAUUUAAACCCUAGGAGGUAACAUGUUUCACCCCUUCUACUACACCGGGGGUAUUUAAACCCUAGGAGGUAACAUGUUUCACCCCUUCCACUACACCGGGGGUAUUUAAACCCUAGGAGGUAACAUGUCUCACCCCUUCUACUACACCGGGGGUAUUUAAACCCUAGGAGGUAACAUGUCUCACCCCUUCCACUACACCGGGGGUAUUUAAACCCUAGGAGGUAACAUGUCUCACCCCUCUCUCUCUCUCUGUCUCUCUCUCUCUCUCUCUCUCUCUCUCUCUCUCUCUCUCUGUCUCUCUCUCUCUCUCUCAUUUAAAUUCAAGGGGCUUUAUUGGGAAACAUGUUUACGUUGCAAUAAACAAUAAAAAGUCACACUCAGACAAGUUAGAUGUGUGGGUUCCUUGAGCGGUCUAAAGUUAAUUACAGUUUAAAUAAAUAAAUAAUUUUAAAAAGUUCCAAAAUAAUAAAGACAUUUCAAAUGUCAUAUUAUGUCUAUAUACAGUGUUGUAACGAUGUGCAAAUAGUUAAAGUACAAAAGAGAAAAUAAAUAAACAUAAAUAUUAGUUCUAUUUACAAUGGUGUUUGUUCUUCACUGGUUGCCCUUUUCUCGUGGCAACAGGUCACAAAUCUUGCUGCUGUGAUGCACACUGUGGUAUUUCACCCAACAGAUAUGGGAGUUUAUCAAAAUUGGAUUUGUAGAAUUUAACUGCUAAUUAGCAGGUAUCGGCCUAAUUCUGCUCUGUACGAAUUAUUUGGUGUUUUACGUUGUACACGGAGGAUAUUUUUGCAGAAUUCUGCGUGCAGAGUUUCAAUUUGGUGUUUUUCCCCUUUUGUGAAUUCUUGGUUGGUGAACGGACCCCAGACCUCACAACCAUAAAGGGCAAUGGGUUCUAUAACUGAUUCAAGUAUUUUUAGCCAGAUCCUAACUGGUUUAUCGAAUGUUAUAUUAUGUUAUGUUAAGGCAGACAACACCACUUGCGUCGCGUGCGCGAGCAGGUACCCACGUGCCAUCUCCUCAUUGGUUUAUAGAAGCAGGUACCCACGUGCCAUCUCCUCAUUGGUUUAUAGAAGCAGGUACCCACGUGCCAUCUCCUCAUUGGUUUAUAGAAGCAGGUACCCACGUGCCAUCUCCUCAUUGGUUUAUAGAAGCAGGUACCCACGUGCCAUCUCCUCAUUGGUUUAUAGAAGCAGGUACCCACGUGCCAUCUCCUCAUUGGUUUAUAGAAGCAGGUACCCACGUGCCAUCUCCUCAUUGGUUUAUAGAAGCAGGUACCCACGUGCCAUCUCCUCAUUGGUUUAUAGAAGCAGGUACCCACGUGCCAUCUCCUCAUUGGUUUAUAGAAGCAGGUACCCACGUGCCAUCUCCUCAUUGGUUUAUAGAAGCAGGUACCCACGUGCCAUCUCCUCAUUGGUUUAUAGAAGCAGGUACCCACGUGCCAUCUCCUCAUUGGUUUAUAGAAGCAGGUGCCAUCUCCUCAUUGGUUUAUAGAAGCAGGUGCCAUCUCCUCAUUGGUUUAUAGAAGCAGGUGCCAUCUCCUCAUUGGUUUAUAGAAGCAGGUGCCAUCUCCUCAUUGGUUUAUAGAAGCAGGUGCCAUCUCCUCAUUGGUUUAUAGAAGCAGGUGCCAUCUCCUCAUUGGUUUAUAGAAGCAGGUGCCAUCUCCUCAUUGGUUUAUAGAAGCAGGUGCCAUCUCCUCAUUGGUUUAUAGAAGCAGGUGCCAUCUCCUCAUUGGUUUAUAGAAGCAGGUGCCAUCUCCUCAUUGGUUAUACCCACAUGGAUGAAUGAAAGAUGAAUGAGGUCAGUGGCAGUAAUGCAUCUUAAUUUAUGAAAAGUUGACAAUAUAAAGUCCAGAGAAGAAAAAGCCUGGAAGGAAGAGAGAUGACUAGAAAUGAUUCGGUUGACCGUUUUAUGUGUGGAUUAAUUGUCAGAGUAGAGGACCUUGUGCAUUUCAGGUAAAAUAAUAACUCAAUGUUUAUAUCCCAGGCCUAACUAGCUAGCAACAAACAGCAAGCUAGCUAAAUUGGACACAUUAGCUAGCAAGUGCCAGCCAGCUAGCUAAAUUGGACACAUUAGCUAGCAAGUGCCAGCCAGCUAGCUAAAUUGGACACAUUAGCUAGCAAGUGCCAGCCAGCUAGCUAAAUUGCCCUAAAUGUUUAAUGCUCUUCGACCUGUCCCCAAAUUAAUAUAAUUGGUUGAGAAUUUGUUUUGAUAUUUUAACCCGCGUUUGGUGCAGGGGGACAAAAUACAUUUAUGCACGAUGGCGCCGGUUUGGGUUCAGAUCGCUCACAGCAAACAGUCUCUCUCUCUAUCUAGCGUUGCUGCAGUCUGUACUCUCUGGCCGGGAAUCCACUGGUCACACAAUAGAGAUAUUUACGUUGUCAAAUUGGACUUAUUUUAGUAUUUUCCUGAACUUCAACACACACAAAAAAAAUACUUUCGAAUUUGUAUGUUUGUAUGUUUGUGUUUCAGCCUGAUGGCAGCCCCGUCUCUUGGUUUGCUAUGAAGCUGAGGGAUGGGGCUGGAGAAAUGUAACCACAGACAGAGCUGUUGAUGCAAGUGGUCCGUAGUGGUCCGUAGUGGUCAGUAGUGGUCAGUAGUAGUCAGUAGUGGUCCGUAGUGGUCCGUAGUGGUCAGUAGUGGUCAGUAGUAGUCAGUAGUAGUCAGUAGUGGUCCGUAGUGGUCCAUAGUAGUCAGUAGUAGUCAGUAGUGGUCCGUAGUGGUCAGUAGUUGUCAGUAGUUGUCAGUAGUAGUCAGUAAUGGUCCGUAGUGGUCAGUAGUUGUCAGUAGUUGUCAGUAGUGGUCAGUAGUAGUCAGUAAUGGUCCGUAGUGGUCCGUAGUGGUCAGUAGUGGUCCGUAGUAGUCAGUAGUAGUCAGUAGUAGUCAGUAGUAGUCAGUAGUGGUCCAUAGUAGUCAGUAGUAGUCAGUAGUGGACUGUGGUAGUCAGUAGUAGUCAGUAGUAGUCAGUAGUGGUCUGUGGUAGUCAGUAGUGGUCCGUAGUAGUCAGUAGUAGUCAGUAGUAGUCAGUAGUGGUCUGUGGUAGUCAGUAGUAGUCAGUAGUAGUCAGUAGUGGUCUGUGGUAGUCAGUAGUAGUCAGUAGUAGUCAGUAGUAGUCAGUAGUAGUCAGUAGUAGUAUGUGGUAGUCAGUAAUAGUCAGUAGUAGUCAGUAGUGGUCUGUGGUAGUCAGUAGUAGUCAGUAGUAGUCAGUAGUAGUCAGUAGUGGUCAGUGGUAGUCAGUAGUAGUCAGUAGUAGUCAGUAGUAGUCAGUAGUAGUCAGUAGUGGUCAGUGGUAGUCAGUAGUAGUCAGUAGUAGUCAGUAGUUGUCAGUAGUAGUCAGUAGUGGUCAGUAGUAGUCAGUAGUAGUCAGUAGUAGUCAGUAGUAGUCAGUAGUGGUCUGUGGUAGUCAGUAGUAGUCAGUAGUAGUAUGUGGUAGUCAGUAAUAGUCAGUAGUAGUCAGUAGUAGUCAGUAGUAGUCAGUAGUGGUCUGUGGUAGUCAGUAGUAGUCAGUAGUGGUCUGUGGUAGUCAGUAGUAGUCAGUAGUAGUCAGUAGUGGUCCGUAGUAGUCAGUAGUAGUCAGUAGUAGUCAGUAGUGGUCUGUGGUAGUCAGUAGUAGUCAGUAGUAGUCAGUAGUGGUCUGUGGUAGUCAGUAGUAGUCAGUAGUAGUCAGUAGUAGUCAGUAGUAGUCAGUAGUAGUAUGUGGUAGUCAGUAAUAGUCAGUAGUAGUCAGUAGUGGUCUGUGGUAGUCAGUAGUAGUCAGUAGUAGUCAGUAGUAGUCAGUAGAAGUCAGUAGUAGUCAGUAGUGGUCAGUGGUAGUCAGUAGUAGUCAGUAGUAGUCAGUAGUAGUCAGUAGUGGUCAGUGGUAGUCAGUAGUAGUCAGUAGUAGUCAGUAGUUGUCAGUAGUAGUCAGUAGUGGUCAGUAGUAGUCAGUAGUGGUCUGUGGUAGUCAGUAGUAGUCAGUAGUAGUCAGUAGUAGUCAGUAGUAGUCAGUAGUGGUCUGUGGUAGUCAGUAGUAGUCAGUAGUAGUCAGUAGUAGUCAGUAGUGGUCCGUGGUAGUCAGUAGUAGUCAGUAGUAGUCAGUAGUAGUCAGUAGUGGUCCGUGUGUGGCUUUGUGUCUGUUUUGUAAUAUGAUCCU